CCGCAUACCCACCACACCUCUGCAACAUCUGCUAACAUUUACUUUUCAAUACAUGCAGUCCUAGUGAAUCUUGAAAGUUUCUGGUAGUCCUUCCUUGAGAAACGUUAAACGUCGACUUUUAGUGUUCUCGUGGCGGUGCAAGGGAAGGAUAGUAGGGAUGUGGCGUGGUCAAUAGGCGGCUGAAAGUAGGUGCGGGGUUGUCAUCGGCCCGAGUUGCGAUCCAAGUCAUCCACUUCUUCGCGCGAUGUCCGCAGAACGUCCUUUACUAUAUAUCUCGCUAUAGCUAUUGACAUUAUAAUCAUCGAGUCAAAUCCAGUCUCAAAUAGGCCAAAUUGGGACCUUUCAAGGAACACUUCAGCGACAAGCUACACAAACCAUGACUACUCUAGAGUCAAACAUACGUCGAGUGCUCGACAUACUUCUCCCUCGGAUCAGAAAGCGCCAAAAAGAGUCAUCAGAUCCUAUCAUACUCGGGAUUACCGGACUUCAAGGCUCUGGAAAAUCUACAUGGGCGUCAAUGAUCGUUAGCAUUCUCGCGUCGGAACAUCAACUUCACUCAAUAACCAUAUCCUUGGACGACUUAUACAAGACACACAGCGAUCUGAUAGCACAGAGAGACAAAAACCCUGAUAACAAGCUUUACCGAACACGUGGACAGCCAGGAACGCACGAUGAGCAGCUAGCGGGCAAGUUCUUUACCGACCUGAAAGAGUACAGAGGAGAAGGUGAACUAAAGAUCCCGAGCUUCGAUAAGAGCAAAUUCAAUGGAGAAGGAGACCGAGCUCUAGAAUCUGAAUGGCCACGGUUAACUAGAAAGCCCGAUGUUGUAGUGUUCGAAGGCUGGUGCGUCGGUUUUCAACCAUUGCCCGAAGCAUUGGUCGCAGAAAAACAUACCCUUGCAAUUGCCGGAAAAUUACCCAUCAAUACACCUGCACAACAUCAGCUUGCACAUCUUCUAGAAGUCAAUGAUAACCUAAAACGGUACUGCGAUGCGUUUAUGGGACCGCAACAUUUCGACCUUUUUGUACACAUUGAUACAGAUGACCUACGGAAUGUGUAUACUUGGCGGCUGCAACAAGAACACAAGAUGAUUGAGACUAAAGGGUCGGGCAUGUCGGAUGAAAAAAUCAGGGCCUUUGUAGAUGGUUAUAUGCCGAGUUACGAGUUGUAUCUGGAUAGACUGCGGGAGGGACUUUUUGAGGACAGGGGAAGAAUGCUCAAGGUUGUGUUGAACAAGGAGAGGGGUGUUGAGAGAGUGGAACAGCUUUGAGACGGAUAUAGUUGGACUCAAGAAUUUGAGCAAAAGAACCCCUUUCUUGUAUGUUCUAGUACUGCGACUACGCUAGUGACUUGGUUAAUCUAGUUCUUACACGUGGCACUGUCAAUUCGCUCUUUCCAACUACUAUGAAUACUAGAUGUCACUUCGAAGGAAGAACAAUAAACACGAUCUACGGGAUGGG